AUGAACUACAGUUCAUUAAAAAAGAAUCUUGUGAUUAACUUCGAAAAUUUGAUGAAUCCAUAUGAUUUCAAUGAAAAGAAAAAGAGGAAGGAGAAAAAUAUUUGUGAAAUAAACACACAAAAAAGAAAAAAAAAAAAUGUAGACGAUUUGAUAGAAGAUGUUGUAAAGGAGGAUAUGUUGUAUUAUGAUAAAAGAAAGAAAAGUCAGAUGGAAAAAAAAGAAUUAAAUGUAUUGUUAGAAAUUGAUGAUAUAUUAAAAGAAAGUGUAAAUGAUAAGGAAAAGAUUAUAACAAAUAUGAAAGUAAUGAAUGAUGAAAAAAAAAAAAGUGAUGGAAUAAAAAAAAAAAGUGAUGAAAAAAAAAAAAGUGGUGAAAAGAUAACACUUUAUGGUAAUAAAAAUGUAGCUAGCCAAAACAAAGAAAUUCAUAUAAAAGAGAAAAAAAAAAUAUAUAAUAAUAGUAAUAGUAAUAUUAUUAAGAAUGAAGAAUGUGAAGAAAGUAAUAUGGAUGAGAAAAAAAAAAAUAUGGAUAUCAUAGAAGUCAGUUUUAGCAUAAUAAAUAAAUGGAGAAAUCACAAUGAAUUGAUUGAAUUUGUGAAAAAUAAUUUGAAGAAUAAUGAAUUUAUAUAUGUCAAGAGUUUUCCGAAUUUUACUUACGAACUAGCGUCGUAUGAAAAUAAAAAGAAAGUAGACGUGCUGUCUAUUUCUCUUAAUGGUGUCAUGAUAAACGAAAAGAAUGAAACUACAUUUUAUGAACUGAAUGAAUGGAAGUGUCAUAUGAAUUUAUUAAGGAGCGCUUUAGAUUUAAAUUUUAUACGUAAAUAUAAAUUAUAUAAAUAUUUUUUUUUUUUGAAAAAUAUGAUUAAGUGUACAAAAUUUAAAAAUAAAAAAUAUUAUAUAAAAGAGAAUUUAUUAUUUUUGAAUGAAGCAUUUUUUAAAGGAUUUAUAAAAAUAGAAAAAGUAUUAAAACAUAUAAACAAAACAAAGUUAAUAGAUAUAAAUAUAAAUAAUAUGACUAUAGAUCAAUAUAUUGAAUUACAAGAUGAAUAUAUGUUUAAAUUUGAUAGUUUUCUUAAUAACAAAAUUAAAUAUAUAAUUAACAUUAUUUAUAUUUAUUGUAUGACUGCCUUAAAUAAUUUUUUAAUAAAAAAUGACAUUAACAUAAAUAAGAAACAAAUCGAAAAAAAAGAAGAAAUUAUUAAUAUAUCAAAAAAUGAUAAUAUCAAUACUAUUGAUAUGGCAAAUGAACAAAUUCUUGGUGAUACAAAGAUUCUAUUAUCUACUAAAAAAAAAAAAAAAGAUCACAAUGUAUAUGGAAAAAACAUCAUAAGUACAGAUAUAAAACAAUUUGAAAAAGAAAAAGAAAAGGAAAAAAACAAAUUUGAUAUUCAUAAUAAAAUAUAUAAACAAAAAAAAUAUAAUCAAAAUAAAGAUGAUAAAGAAAUAAACAUAUAUUAUAAUAAGAUAGCUCUUAGUAAUUGUUAUAGCAUAUAUUUAAAAAAAUUUAUUCAAGUGUGUCAAUAUAUGUGUGAUAAUGUCCUACGAAAUAUUAUAAUAAAUACAUAUACAUAUUUUCUAGAUUUAUUAGAUCCUUAUUUUGAAUCUAAUCAUGAACAUAGAAAAGACAUGAACCAUCUUCACUAUUCUAAUCACAACGCUAAUAUUUUUGUGGAUAAAGAAAAAUAUUAUGGUAAGAAAAAAGAAUACAAUAAGGAUGAUAAUCAAAAUUAUGAAAAUAUAUGUUAUCAAACAAAUAAUAUGGAUCUAACAAAAAAUCAGCCACAUGCAACUCUUCCUUAUGUAAGCAUAAAGAACAAGAGAAAUAUUGAAAUGGAGAAGCAAAAACAAGGAAAAAAAAAUUUUUUUUCAUCUAUUAAAACAAAUAGGAAGGGUGAUUAUAAUAGUGAAGAGAAAGUAAACAAUUAUACAUCUAAAUAUGUUGUUAAGAGGAGUGAUAAGAACAUCUGCGUUACAGAGAAGGUGACCAAUGGUAUGAUUAAAAAAAGGAAUGAAAAUAAUGAAAAUAUUGAAAAUAUUGAUAACAUUGAUAAUAAUAAUAAUGAUGAUAAUAAAAAAAAUAACAGUGAUAAUAAUGAGGGGGGGAAUGAAAAUAUGUCAAAUAAUAAUGUGUGUCUUUUCAAUAUCACUAUUAGCAUUAAAAAUAAUCAUUUACAUAUAAAUCCAGAAUAUGAACUACUUAUAAAUACUAUGACUAAAUAUAUAAAUAAAAGUAUAGAGAAUAUAUGUAAGAGAGAAGAGUUUAUAACAAGUUAUAAAAUAAAAGAAUUUUUUAGAAACGAAAUUUUUAUUGACAAGAUUAUAUUUCAUAAAUAUAAUAAUGAAUAUAUAACUAAAAAAAAUGAUAUAAAUAAUAAUAAUAAUAAUAAUUAUGGUGAUAAAAAUAUGGAUGGUUUUAAAGAUAACCAUGUUGAUGGUUACAAUACUUAUAAUAACAAAUUUGAAGAUUUUAUUAUUAAUGAUGAGACGAUACAUCAUUUAGAUAUUGAAUUAAAAGAAAAGAUAGAACUUCUUUAUGAUUAUAUGGUAGAUGUAUGUCAAGAAUUUUAUAUAAUAAUAGAUACUUAUAAUAAGUAUGAUGAAUUAAAUAUUGAAGAAAUUGAUAUAAUGGAUGUUGAAUUUAUUUCUAAUUUAUUUUUAUCAUUAAAAGAAUUAGAAAAUAAAAUAAAACGAAUGAGUAAACAAUUAAAUAUUCAUAUAUUUAAAGUUGAUAGUACAAUAUUAAUUGAAUAUAUAUUAAAAAAUAUAAAUAAAAAAUGGACUCUCUUAAUAAAUUAUUUACCUACAUUAAAUAAUAAAACUAUAGAGAAUUUAACAAAAAAAUUAGAUACUUCUUUAAAUAUUAUAAAUAAAACACCUACAAAUAUAAAUGAACUUGUAUCAUAUAUAGAAUUUGUUAAUACAUUUCUUAAUAAUUUAGUAUCUAUAGAAGAAGAAAUUGAAUCUAUAUCUUCUUUAUUCUUAUUAUUUAAAAAAUAUUAUAUAAGUAUAUGUGGGAAUCAAACUACAAAAAUAUUUCAUAUGAAUCAAAAAAUGAACUUUAUUAAAAGUAUAUUAAACACUGAAGUAAAUUAUGAUAUACAAUAUAGUUUUAUAUUUAAAGAACUCAAUUCUCAAAUUAAUAAUGUAGAAAAAAAUAUACAAAAUUAUUUAAAUAUAAUGAAUACUAAUUUUAUGGAUCAAGAAAUUAAUUAUGACUUGAGUGAUAUAGUAACACAUUUGAAUUGUGUAUAUCCUAUUAAUGACAUAAAUGAAGUUUUUUAUAAAAAUGUUGAUGACCAUACAAAGGAAUAUGUAAAUAAAGAUCAAGAUAACCUUUAUCAUGCAUCAUAUAAAGGUGGUAAUAAUAUGGAAGAAAAUAAUAAGAAAGAAAAUAAUAUGAAAGAAAAUAAUAUGGAAGAAAAUAAUAAGAAAGAAAAUAAUAUGAAAGAAAAUAAUAUGAAAGAUAAUAAUAUGGAAGAUAAUAAUAAUGAUCAUAAUUCCAUUUAUGAUAAUUCCAUUUAUGAUAAUCCCACUUGUGAUAAUCCCACUUGUGAUAAUCCCACUUGUGAUAAUCCCACUUGUUUGUUGAAAGAUAUGUUUUCAAUUAAUUUUAAUAAUAAUACUAUUGUGAUACAUGAAGAAGAGAAAAAGAGAAAAAAAUUUUAUACAUUCCAUGUACUAGAAUUUCUGAGAUUAAAAAUACUAGAGAUAAAAAAAGAUGUAGAUAAAUAUAUUCAUUAUCAAAAUGUUUUAAAAAUAAAAAAAAAUGAAUUCGUGAAUUUUUCUUUAUUGUGUAAUAUGUAUAUUAAUAAUAGUCUUACCAUUUAUACUUUCUUUCAAUAUAUAAAUCUCAAUGAGAAAUAUAGACACCAACAAAUUUUUUAUUUAAAUAUAUCUCAAUUAUCUAAUGAUAUAAAUAAUAUCAAUAUCUUUUUUAAGAAAAUAAAUAAAAAUUUUGUAAACAAUGAAAUAUAUGAUAAGUGUAAAAAGUUCAAUGUGACAUAUGAGCAUGUAAUAAAACUUCUGAAAUAUCUACAACCAAUAUAUACAAAUAAAAAAUAUUUCAGUAGAGCUAUAGAUCUGUUGAAUGAAGCGUAUGCUGGUGAUAACCCUGUUGUAGAUAAUAUAAAUGAUAUGUAUAGAAUAAGGGGUUCAAAAGAAAAAGAAAAUAAAGACACAUAUAAAAAUAAAGACGCACACAAAUAUCAUGAUUCACAUACAAAUAAUGAUGCACACAAAUAUCAUGAUUCACAUACAAAUAAUGAUGAACACAAAUAUCAUGACUCACAUACAAAUAAUGAUGCACACAAAUAUCAUGAUUCACAUACAAAUAAUGAUGCACACAAAUAUCAUGACCCACAUACAAAUGAUAACUAUAUAUUAUCAUAUGAUAUACGUGAAAAGCAUAAUUCCAAUGAAAAGACAGAUAUCACAUAUGAUAAGAUCCAGUGUGACAAAGAAGAUAAUAUAAAUGACAUUCAAAAAAAAGAAAAAAAAAUUUUAUCCUAUAAUUAUGAAUUGAUAAUACUAGAGAAUUUAUUUGGACUUCCAUUUAAUAGUUUUCUAAAUUGUAUUGAAAAGAUCUGUUUUGAAUUUGAGAAAGAAAAAAAGAUUAACGAUAGAUUUGAUCAUAUAAAAACUUGUUUAAAAAAAUAUAAAUUAGAUGUUUGUCUUAUGAACAAAAAAGUAUAUUUUAUAAAUAAUAUAGAUGAACUCAUCACAUAUAUUAAAAAAAUUAUAGAUGAAUUAUUUUUUAUACAGAAUGAUAAAUAUAGUAAACAUAUAUAUAAAGAAAUAUAUAAAUUAUCAAAACAAUUAUUAAAUUUUAAAAAUAUAUUAGUUAUUAUUAAAAAAAUUCAAACAUAUUAUAUAAAUAUAUUACAAAAAUAUAAAAAUAAUGAAAUAAAAAAAUCUACAAACGAUUCAGAAUUCUUCUCUUCAAUAAUUAAUACAUAUAAAUAUCAUUGUGAAGAAUUUUUUAUAUAUCCACAAAUAAAUAAACAUGUUGAAAAAAAUUAUGAUAUACAUUAUUUUUCUAACUUAUUAAAACAAAUACAACAACUUAUUACUACUGUAAAUUCAUAUAUAUUAAAUAAAAGAAAAGAAUUUUUUUCUUUUUUUUUAUUAAAUGAUGAAAAAUUUCUACAUAUAUAUUUAAAUAUAAAAGAUAUAAAAUCAUUAAAUAAAUAUAUACAACAUAUAUUCCCUUGUAUUAAAAAACUUAUCUAUCAAAAUGAAAUUAUUUGUGGUCUUCUCAGCCACGAUAAUCAAAGAAUAAUAUUCAAGGAAGAAAUAAAAUAUAAGAAGUUGGAAUUUUUAUUAAAUCAAAUUAAUAUGCAAAUUAAAAAUUGGGUUCAAAAAAAUAUACAAACUUUUUUAAAAAAUGAAAUCAUCCAAAAGGACAUAAAACAUAAAGAUAAUAAUAAUAAUAAUAAUAAUAAAAAUGAUGAUGAUGGUGAUCAUAAUAAUAAUAAUAAUAAUGACCAUGAUGGUAACAAAAAUUGUGAUGACUCUUUAUUUUUCUGUCCUUUAAAAGAAGAUACUUAUUUAAUAUUUAUUAAUAUUACAAAUAUGCAGCUAUUAUUCAUUAUAUUAAAUAUAUAUUUUACAUACAUCAUGGAUAUAUUUAUAAAAAAUAUUAAAAAAAAUAAAUACAUAAUUUAUAUCUUAUCUCAAAAUGUGAUACAUCUAGUACAAAAAAUAUAUAAUAAAAAUUUAUAUUUGUCAAAUGGGGAUGAUAAUAUGAGUGUAGACAAUAUAUCGAUGAAUGAACCAAAAAAAUUAACCCAUACAAAUAUAAAUAUAAAUAUAAAUAAUAUAAAUAAUAUAAAUAAUAUAAAUAAUACCAAUAAUAAUAAUAAUAAUAAUGGUGAUGAUGAUGAUAUUCAUAAUUCUUCUUUUUAUUAUAAUAAACAUUUAAUAUUCAUUCUUUUAUUUUUUAUGAACAUGAAACAAAAAAUGUUAUCCAUCCUUAAUGAUAAUUGCCCAAAUAUUUCAUCAAGCCAUUUUAAUUAUCUAGAAUUAAGUAAACAUUAUUUUAAAAAUAAUGAUUAUAUUAUACAAUUUUUUCAUCAUAAUAUAAAAUAUAAAUAUGAAUUAUUAAAUAAUUAUAACUAUACUCUAGAUAUUAUAUAUCACGAAAAAAAUUAUUCUUUCUUAUUAUAUAAAUAUUUAUCAAACCAUUUUAUUACCUUAUAUUCAAAUAAUUCGUAUUCAAUUAAUUAUACAAAGAAUUUUUCAAUACUUUUAGGUUUUCAUUAUUUUCUAAUUAAUCAUAUUAAUUUAAAUAAAAAUGAUAUCCUAAAUUUUUUAUCAUGUUCUGUAUCAUCUAAUAUAUCCUUAUUUUUUUAUCAAGUAGAUAAAUAUAAACCACAGAUUUUAUCUUUAUUAAAUAAACAAUUAAACAUAAUUAAUUAUCAUCUACAAAAUAAAAAAAAACAAAUUAUUAUUAAUAAUCAAGAAUUAAAUCUAAAUAAAAGAAAUCUUAUAUAUCUAUCUAUAAGUAAACAAUAUUCUCCACCUAUUUCUCAUUAUUAUUCAAAAAAAUAUAAUAAUAAUAUUCAUUCAAACUUUAAUUUCUCAUAUACCAUAUUUCAAUCUUCGAAGCCAUUCCCUUUGUCUAUUUUUUAUCUUCUAUACUUUUCUUUCGGUUAUAGAAACCCAGAUCUUAUAUCUGUAGCAACGUACAAGACAUAUCUGUAUCUAAAAAAACACGGAGAACUUAAGAGUUAUGUGAAUCAAAGAAAAAUCAUUCAUAUCAUAAAAUUGAGCAUACGAAAAAAUAAAGAAGAAGAAGAAGAAGAAUACAAAGUGUGCAAGGAAAUUAUAAAAUAUGUAUCACAAUUUGUAGGAUAUGAAAAAAUUAAAGAUAUAAUAAAUAACCUUUGCUUAUUAUUUAAUUUGAGAAGAGAAUGUCAAGUAAAUCUAGCUAACUAUGUAGACAAAAAACAAAAGGAAGAAGAUGUAGAUGGUGAGUAUUAUAUUGAAAACUUGUUUGAUGAUGAGAAUAAUACAAAAAAGAGAAAUAAAAAACAUUUUAGUGAUUGGAAAAAUGAGCUUGAUAAAAUAAUCAUUGGUUUAAUAAAAAAAACGAAAAUACCUUUUUUAAAAUAUCAAGUAUAUAAAGCAACAGAAUUAUACAAAUUAUUGAAUUAUAUAUAUGAUGAUAAUAAAAAAAAAAUAAAAAUUAAUAAAGGACAUGGUGAAGAGAAAAUCGAAGAAAUAAAUGAAAAUAUUAAGGAGUCAAGUGGAUAUAUUAAAAAUAUUUUAAUAAUAGGGAAAAAUUAUUCAGGUGCUAGUAGUAUUAUUUUUUUAUUAUAUCAAUUUUUAAAAAAUUUAGAAGGAACAUCCUUUUGUGCUUAUGAUAUUUGUAGUAUAGAAAAAAUAAAUUUACAUUAUUGUUCUGCUGAAGAUAUAUUAAAAUAUGUUUUUUAUAAAAGUGAAAAUAUGGAUGAAGAUACUAAAGAAAAUUUUGAGAAAAGAAAAGAAGCAGGAGAAUAUAGUAUGUUAGGUUCUACAAUUCAUAGGAAUGAUAUCAAGCGUGAUAAAGAAGAUAAUACUUAUAAUAAUAAAAUUAAUAAUAAUAAUAAUAAUAAUAAUGAUAAUACUUAUAAUAAUGCUCAUAAUAAUAAUAAUUUUUUUGAUGAAAAAAGCUCUCGAUGUGAUGACCAUAAAAAUUCAGAUAAAAAAAAAAAGAAAGUCAAUGUUUCUCAUUCAAAGAAUGUAACAUAUAAUAAUAAUCCAAUUAAAAAUAUGGAAUUUAUAAAUUUAAAUAUAUUUAAGAAGACUGAAGAAAGUAUUAUUGUUAAUAAAAAACAGAUGAAAAAAAAUCUUUUUUUAAAAUAUAUUCAUGUUAGUGAUAUGAAUAUUGUUGAUAAAAUUUGCAAUUAUACUUUAAAAAAAAAUAUAUAUAACCAAAUAAAUAAAGAUACUCUUACAAUUCUUAAGGAUGAUGUAAUUAAUAAUAAAUGUUUUUUUUAUAAACCUGAAAGUUUAUGUUCUAUGUCUCCAUAUAUUAUUGAUAAAUGUUUUUUUGUUCAUAUAAAAAAUAAAAUUCCUUACAAUACUUUUAUUUCUUAUACUGUCAAUAAGAUGAAUGUCUACAAGUUUAUAAAAAAUAAAAUUAUAAAAUUGUUUGAAGACUUAAUUAUAGAAGCAUUGAAUUUUUUUAACAACGAAAAAAUAAUUAAUAAUAAAAUAUCAUCCUUUUAUUUUAAAAAAGAAAAAAAAAGAGUACUUCCUUUGAAAGAAUCAAAAAAUAAAAAGUUUUCAGAAAAAAAUGAUGUUAAUGAUAAAGGUGGCAUGUUGUACUGUGAUGAAGAGAAAAAGCAUAACACGAUGGAACUGACAAAUACAAUUAAUAAUAAUAUGAAUAAAAAUAUAAAUGUUCGUGUGAAGAAAAAUGAAAUGAAAACAUACUCCUACCAAAAUAAUAAUGAAUAUAUAAAGAAUAAAGAUAGUAGUGACGCAGAUAUAAAAAGAAGAGAAAAAAAUGAUAGAAAAAAUUCUUUUGAAGAAGAUGAUAGUGAAAAUAUUUAUUUUGAAGAGAGGAAGGAAAUAUUUAAUAAUAAUGAUGAUAAUUUAAAUAUAUACAAAUUAAAGAAUGAGGAUAUUAUGUUAAAGAAAGAUUUAAUAUAUUUAUAUAAUAAAUCAGAUAUAUAUAAAGAUUAUAUAAUUGAAUUAAUAGAUGAAAAGAAUAUACCAGUUUAUAUACAUAUAAAUAAUUUAAUAUAUAUGUUUGGAAUGUUUGUAGAAUAUUUUUUAUAUAUAUUAAAAGAAAAAAAAGGAUAUGAUAAAAGAACUCUUGAAACUCAUAUAAAUAAUAUUGUAAUAAUUAGUUUUAUAUAUACAUUUACAUCAUUUAUGAGUAAAGAAAUAAGAAAUAGAUUUGAAAUAUAUAUAUUGAAAUAUAUUAAUAAUAUAUCUAUAAUACCACGUAAUAUAUCGUUUUUACAUAUAUACUAUAAUAUAGAAACCAAUAAAUUAUGUAGACAAGAAAAAAUAUAUCGAAAUGAAAAUAUUAUAAUAGAAAAAAAUAAAUUAAUAAACAAUAUACUUGUAACAAAUAAUAGUUUUUAUUUAUAUGAAGAUUUAAAUAUAUUAUCUAUUUUUAAUUUUUUAAAUAUUUCGACAAAUAUUAAUCUACCCUUUUUAAUAAUGGGUCAUACAAAUAUGGCUAAAACUUUAUCUGUCUAUAAUUUUCUAAAUAAAAAAAAACAAAUCAAUAACUAUCAUUUUAUUUUUUCUUUUAAUUAUUCAUUUCAUUAUAAUGAUAUAAUAAAAACAUUAAAAAAAAAAUUAGAUUUUUCAAAGCCUACUGUCGAUCAGGAUAUAACAAUAUUUAUUGAUGACAUAUAUUGUGAUUAUCAUGAUAAUUCAUACAAUACAUUUGAAUUUUUAUAUGGACUCAUAAAUGACAAGUCCUUCUUCGAUAUAGAAUAUAAUAAAAACGUCCUCUUCAGAAAUAAAAAAAUUUUAUGCACAAUGAAUGAUGAGAAUAUGUUGAUCGAUCAAAAACAUAAAUCGAUAAUAUCCAAGAUAUAUAAGAAUUUCUUUGUAUUUAAGAUUUCUUCUAUGACUAUAAAGGACAUAAAGAAUGUUUAUUCGAAUAUUAUAGAAUGUCUAUUUCUUAAAUAUAAUUUUUAUGAAGAGGUUGUAAACGAGUGUAAUAAUUUUAUUAGUCUUAUCAUGGAAGUGUUUGAAAAUAUAUUUCGAACAGACACAAAGGAUAUAAACAACAACAAAAAUAAUAAUAAUAGUAAUAAUAAUAAUAAUAAUAGUAAUAAUAAUAAUAAUAGUAAUAGUAAUAGUAAUAGUAAUUAUUAUUAUUAUCAUUAUGAUAGUGUUUAUUAUCUACAUAUGAAUAAACUUAACAAUGUUAUAAAUUAUAUGCUAUUAUAUGACAAAGAAUGUAGUACCAAUUUUAAUAAUAUAUUAAAUUUAUUUAGAAAAGAUAUAGAACGUAUUUUUUGUGAUUCUAGCCUAUUAAGCUAUAAAAAAAAAAUAGAAUAUAAAAAGAUUAUUAACGAUGCUUUUUUAAAAUAUUUUGACAAGCAUAUAAUGUGCAUGAAAAAUGAUUUGUUUAUAAAUGUAGAUAAUUAUAAAUUAUAUAAAUUAGAAAAUAAGAAUGAUAUAUAUGAAAAUGAUUAUAAUAUGUUAAGUAUAAAUAAUUUAAAACAAUAUUUCUUUUUUUCUUCAAAAGAUGACAAUCGAACAAAAAAUUUGUUCUUAUAUAAAAUAUUAGUAGAUCAUAUAAUUAGUAUAAAUACUUAUCUUCUUUUAAAGAGGACUAAUAUAAUAUUUAUGAAUCAUCAAAUUGUGUUAAUAAAUAAAAUUGUUAAUAUAUUUUGUUAUUAUAAAUAUUAUAAUUUAUAUGGUUUGAAAGGUCAUAUAGAGGAAAUUAAAAAGGAAAUUAAAAAGUCAUAUGAUAGAGCAAUAAAAGGAUAUGACAUGGAUGAAGAAAGGGAAGAAGUAUAUAUGAAUGAAACGAUAAAUUAUAAUAAAAAUAAUGACAACAAUAAAAAAAAUGAUGACAAUAAAAAAAAUGUUCACAACAAUAAAAAAAAUGAUGACAAUAAAAAAAAUGAUGACAACAAUAAAAAAAAUGUUCACAACAAUAAAAAAAAUGAUGACAACAAUAAAAAAAAUGACAACAAUAAAAAAAAUGACAACAAUAAAAAAAAUGACAACAAUAAAAAAAAUGUUCACAACAAUAAUAACAGUAAUGAUAAUUAUUAUAAUAACAUUUGUAAUGUUAGAAAUAUUUUUGUUUCCAAAUUGGUUGAUGAACAUGAAUAUUUAAAUUUUUUAGAUAAUGUCAUAUAUAAUGGUGGUAUAGAAAUAUUAUAUGAUUCUUUUAUAGACGAAUAUUAUUUAUAUAUUAUGAAUAUGAUAAAACAUAAAGAUAUAAUGAUAGAAGGAAAUUUUAAUAAUUAUAUCUCCUCUUUAUUAUUAGAUAUGAAUCAUUUUAUUUUUUACACUGAUAAUUUUCUUUUAAUAUAUGAAAAAUAUAAAAAUAAAUAUAGAAAGAUAUUUAAAAGUUGUCAUAUAAUAUCUUUAAAUUUAUUUUAUUAUGAAACAAAUAAUUUUAAUAUAUUUAAUAUAUCCAUAUGUAUAUUUAAUUAUAUAAAUAAUAGACAAACGUCAUCAUUUUUUUUAUUUAAAAAUAAAAAUGAAAAUGAAAAUGAUAUUUAUUAUGAGAAAGGACAAGAAAAUAUAUAUGAAAAACUUUUACAAAUGGAUAGAAUAAUUCAAAAAUAUAAUAACAAAUUGAGAAGAAAAAAUGAAAAAAUAAAUAAUAUAUCUUAUAUGAAUAAUAUAAUAUAUUAUCCAUCUAAAUAUAAUCAUCAAUAUGAGGAUACUAUUUAUAUGUCUACUCCAUAUUCUUCUUAUUCUCAAUCAUUUUAUAAACAUGGAGAUGAUAAUUAUAUAAAAAAUACAUAUUUCAAUAUAGAAUAUUUAAUAAACAAAAUUAAUGAUAUAUAUACACAAUUAUUAAAAGAAGAAAUGAAUUAUUUUAUUAAUAAAAAAGAGUCAUGUAAAAAAUAUUUGUCUUCUUUUUUCGAACCAGACUUAUAUAACAAAAUAAAUAAUAUUAUAAAAGAUAUAAAGAAUAUAAACAAACAAAUAGAUAAUAUUAAUAAAUGUAUAGAUUCAAAAUUAAAAAUAUAUGAAAAUAAAAUUUAUGUUACUAAAAAAUAUCUAAAUUUUAUUGCUAAAGAUGAUUUUUAUUAUUUCAAAUAUAAUAACCAAAAAAAUUAUAUGGGACUUAUUAAAAUUUUAUAUCUAUAUAUAAAAAAAAAUAAUAAUAAUACAUUCACAUAUACAUCUUUUAUAAAACAAAUGAAAAAUAUAGAUAAACAUAAUAUUAAUAAAAAUAUUAUUUCUAAAUAUGAAAAUAUUUCAAAUGUAGAAAAAUAUAUCAAAUAUAAAUUUAUAUAUAUAAUACAUCUCUAUAUAUCAUCAAUAAAUAAUUAUAUAAAAGAAAAACAUAAAAUAAAUAAACAAUAUGAAUAUUUACAACAAUUAAAUAAAAAAGCUAACACACUGGAGGAAAAUCUUCAACACAUAAUAUCUCAAAAUUUAUCACCCCCAUCGCAUAAAAUAUAUGAAGAAGUCCUUUCUGUUUAUAAACAUAUAAAAGAAAAAAUGAAGACGCAAAAAAUAUUUCUUCUCUUCAAGUCAGUGAUAUAUACUUAUUGUUUGUCCUUCACUUAUGAGGAAAAAAAAAAAUUUUUUAAAUUAUUAUUAAAAGAAAAUAAUCAAAAGGAAGAAGAAGAUGAAGAAAAAAUGAACAACGUAAAUCACAAAAACAAAACAGAUUAUCAGAUAGAGAAUGAAGAAAAAGACAUGAAAAAUUGUGAUCUUCAUGAUGAUAGUUAUAAAUAUAUAAAUAUAAAAGAUCUGUUAAAUUAUGAUAAUUUUAUUGAUAUAAAUUUUUUAAAAAAAUACAAACAAAUGAAUUUAUGUUAUGAUAAAAUGAUUAUGUUUUAUUGUAAUGCAUUUGAUCAUUUAAAUGAUAAUGUGAUCAUAUGUAUAGAUAUUUUUUUACAAACAAAAAAAUAUAUGUUGAAAAAAUUAAUUAUGGACAAAAAAAAAUUUGUUUAUAUAAAAUAUGAAUAUUUUUAUAAAAUUAAAUUAUCUUCUUAUAGUAUGGAGCACACGAAUAGUUGUGAUAAAAUAAAUAAUGAUGAUGAUGAUGAAAAAGAUAACAAAACAUAUAUUAUAAAAAAUAAUCAUAUAGAUAAUUUUAUUAAAAAAAUUAAACAAUUUAAUAAUAACGAUUGUUAUUUGAUUUUUCAAGGAGUUGAUCAAAAUAUAUAUAAAAUAUUGAAACAAAAUAAUUUAAAUAUUAUAUAUAUUUUUUUAAAUGAUAUUGUCAAUAUUAAUCUUAAUAAAAUAAAUACAAAUUAUCAUAUUAUUAUGUGUAAUUAUAAAAAGCAAAAUAUAAUUAAUGUGAUCAAAUAUUAUUAUGAAAAGGAAAAACAAGAAGAUAAUAAUCAAGAUGAUUAUAUCAAUCUGGAGGAUUAUCAUGAAAAGGUCGUGGACUUGUUCUGUGAAUGCUUAAAAAACGAAAAAAAAAAAGAAGAUGUUGUAAAGCAACUAUCUGAAGAAAAAGACAAAUAUUAUCAACAUAUAAAAAAUUCAAAUAAUAAAGAUAAAAAAGAGUUUCUCUUAAUUUAUGUUUUUUAUUUAUUAAUACAAUCUUUAAAAUAUAUUAAUAAACAAUAUUAUAUAUGUAAUACUUUCUUCUUAAAAAUUCUGAAAGCAUUUUCUCGUCAUUUUAAUAUAAUCAAUAAUAAACAAGCAGAAAUAUAUAUUUUAAACUUUUUUUAUUUUCAUAUUAUAUCACUUAUUUAUAAUAAAGAUAUUCUCACAGUCAACCUUAUUCUUUCUAUAUAUAUAGAUAUUUUUAUCAAUAAAUGUAUUAAAUGGAAAGACAUCUUUUUAUUUUUUAAAAAUUUUGAAAAUAUAAAUAAGAAAAAAACUAUAAUGCAAAAAUAUAUAAAUAUAAAUAAUAAUAAUUAUCAACACUUAUGUCAAAUAGAGACAAAUCAAAAUAUUAAGAAUAAUAUAAAUAUUAAAAGUAAAUAUAAUAAUGAAGUUGUCCAACAAUAUAAUACACAUGAUACACACAUAUAUAAUAAACAUAAUAAUAAAGAAGCUAGCCCCUUUGAAAAUAAUAAUUGUAAUUCUGAAAAGAAAAAAAUUAUAUCCACACAAAAUAUGAAAGAAUCUAAAAGUUUUAAUAAGGACAACAAGGAAAGAUAUAACUCAACACUGCAUGAUAAUUAUUGUUAUGAUGAUAAUAAUAAUAAUAAUAAUAAUAGUAGCUGUAAUCAAUAUUCUUAUCAUAUUGACAGUAGCUCCACAAGCGACUCUGAUAGCUCCAUUGCUGAUGAAACGUUCGGAGUUGUAGAAAACGAACUCGAUUCUAUAGAUAAUGUAAAAGAAUCUAAACAUAUAAUAGGUGAUGAAGAACAUAAAGAAUAUCAUACAGACAAACAUAAAGAUAUCCUCUUUAAAAAUUAUAACGAAUCAGAAAAAAUUGAUGAUAAUAUGAAAAAAAAAGAUUCAUUUGAAAAUGACAAAAAUAAAAAUAUUAUAUAUAUUUCACAAAAUAAAUAUAUCAUACAUGUCACAAAUGAACAAUACAGAUUUAAACAACUCACAAAUAAUCUAAACUCAUUCAUAAAAUUAUUUUAUAUUAAUAAAAAAAAAUUAAAAAAACUUUCUUAUGAUAAUCAAAAUAAUAAUCAAGUGGGGGAAAAUUAUGAACAUGGUCAGGAAAAUUCUGACUUGUUCAGAAAUUUUGAUACAUAUAGUGAAGAGGAGGAAGAAUUAGAAAAAUAUACUAAUCAUUAUGAAAAAGUUGAUAUAGGAAGUGUUGAAUAUUAUAUGUGUGAAUUAAUAGAAUUACAAAAAUAUAAGCGAAAUAUUUUUAAAAAUUUGAUAAGGAAUAUAAAAAAAAAUAAGGAUGAAUGGGACAAAUAUAUAAAAAAUAAGGAUAGAGAUAAUUAUGAUAAAAUAUAUAUACCAUUAAAAGAAAUCAAUAAGGAUGAAUUAUAUUAUUACAAAGUUAUAGUUGAUAAAAUAAUUAAGAAGGACAUGUUAGAUAUAUCUAUUAAGACUUAUAUAUCUAUAAAAUUAAAAAACAUUUAUAUAAAUAAAAAAUAUGUUUUCAAUAAUUUAUACAAUUUAAUAAAUAAAUAUAUGAAUAUUUCUAUAUUUCCAUUUGAAAUGAAACAAAUGAAUAUGCAGGUAUAUAAUAAUGACGAAAUAAUUAAAUUAGAAAACGAUAAUAAAACAGUACACAUUUCAUUAUUAGAUGAAAUAAAGAAUAAUACAUAUUUUAUAAACAUGAUAGAUAAAAAAGGUAGGAUUAUCCUUCUUUUUAAAAAACACAUAUAUAGUUUUAUAAUAUCUAAAAUUUUAUUAAAUAAUAAUAAUGUUACAUUAGUAGAUAUAACAUCAGAUAAUUGUGUGCACACCAAAAUUAGUGAUAUUAUUAUGAUAGAUAUAAACAAUGAAAAGGAUAAUUACAAGCUUCAAAUUUUUAUGGAAAAAAAUCUAAACAAAAUAUUUUUUGUAUUUUACAAUGACUUGAAUUUAAUAACAUUAUCUUUAAGAAAAAUAUCUGUUGUAAUUAAUCUAGAUUUUAGUAUGUAUUCAAAUGAAUAUUUGAAUUUUCUAUACUUUGUUAUAAAUUCAAUGAAUAACAAAAAAUUCAAAAAUGAAAAUGAAUUAAAUUCAAAGUAUGUAUUUUAUGUAAUGCUUUUCUUUGUCCUUAUAAAUGAGCAAUCACAUUUAGAGAAUAUAAAAUUAGAUAUGGACAUUAUCAAUGAAUUAUAUUUCUUAAUUGACAUUUUUAACAACUUGCCAAAUUUUUUAAGCGAGAAGGAGGAUGACACUGUGAUGGAGAUACAUGGAAGAGAGUUGAUUCAGGAUGAUAUUAAAAAUAAAAAUCAAAAUAAAAAUACUACUACUACUACUACUACUAAUAAUAAUAAUAAUAAUAAUAGUGAUGUAAAAAAUAAUACAAAUGAAGAACUAAAUGACAUAUAUCAUAAUAAAAAUAACCUAGAUAAUAUUAAUAACUUAGAUAAUAUUAAUAAUGAUAAAAAAGUAUAUGAAUCAAAAAAUGAAGAAAAAUAUAAAGAAUUUUUUUUUAAAUAUUUCAAUUCAUUUUUAUCAACUGUGUUUUCUAAAAAAAUGAUAUUAAUAAAAAAUAUCUUAUCCUCAUUUUUAUGUACUUUCUUUUCUAUAAGAAUUAAUAAAAAUGUCUUAUCAAAUAUAAAUAACAUUUUAAAGAUAUCUAGUAAUACCUUUACAAUAAAUGAAUUAAUAAAAUAUAUUCAAGAGAAUUUUCAUUUACUUCAAAAAAUAUUACAACACAAUAAAAUAUCUCAUAUAUAUGAAAUUAAUUAUAAUAUAAAAUCUAUGAAAAAUAUUUUCAUAUCCAAUUCUUUAAUUAUGAAUAUGUACGAAAGAAAAAAUGCACUUUAUCUUAUUUUAUUAUCUUUUGAUAUUUUCUCCAAUUUUAAUUUCAUAAAACGAGGAAUCAACACAACCCCCAAACUAAAUUUCAUAACGGAGGAAUACAACACCCUUUUAUUUUAUGUGAAUGAGAUGAAGAGAGAGAUUCAUUAUUUUGUAAAAAUGAACGAUACAAAUAUGUCUUUGAAUAGUUAUUAUAUGGAUAUAAUGAAUGAUUUAUUAACAUAUAGGGUACCAAGAAAAUGGAACUUCCUUGGAAAUCAUAAAAAAGAAAACAUUAAAAACUGGCUCACUUAUUUAUUAGAAAAAUUAAACUAUUUGAAAUAUAUUAUCAACAAAGAACAAAGAGGAGCUAACAACGUUUACAAUAUUUCAAUGUUUAAUAAUCCUUUGCUAUUCUUUUAUUCAAUUUUUUUUACAUAUGCCAUUAAUAUGAACACCAGUUUAAAUAAUCUCACCGCCUCUUUUAAAUACUCGGAGAAAAUUAACAAAAAGGAAGAUGGCAUAUGGAUAGAGCCGAUUAAAAUUUAUAAAAGUGAAUUUACUAAAUCUUCGAACAAUUUAAUUCACAAUAGGAUUCAUAAAAAGAAUCUAAUUUUUUUUAAAAUUACCAAUGAAGAAAAUAAAAAUGAUGAAUAUGAAAAAUAUAUGGAUGAAGAAGAAAAUACAAAAGAUGAAGUAUCGAGUGAUGAUACAUUUGAAAAGGAUAUAGAUUUUAUAUCUGAUGUUUAUAAAAUUGACGAAUGGAAUGUUGAGGAAAAAGAAAAGAAUUUUUAUUACGAUUCUCCAUAUAUACUUAUAAAAAUAAAAAAAAAUAAAGAAUCUUUAGAAAAAAAAAAAAAUGAUAUUUAUGAUGAAAAAAAUGAAAAUAGAGAAAACGAUUUAAUUCAUUUUGAAAAAAAUUUUAAUUCUUUAUUUGAUAUAUUUAAAGAUAAUGAUAAUUUAGAUUCUCAUGACUUUUUAUAUUAUUGUCCAGUGUUCAAAUAUAAUUCUUCAACUGGAAACAAUGAUAAGUUAUUAUUCUUUUUUCCCCUCCCAUGUAUAUAUAAUAAGAUGAUUUACAAAAAAUUGAGAGUCCACAUGUUAGUAUAA